GAACGACCACUCUUUUCUUUUCCAUUUUCUCCGCUACUGUUAGCUAAUGUUUCUUGUAUCUCUUUUGAAGUCCGGUAUUGUUGAUCUUGUUAGUAGUGACGCGCAGUGGAGACGAUUGGAACUUGCCCGAGAGUCCUCCGGCUCGUUUCCAGCUCAUCAACUCCACGCCGUCUGCUGACGGAUUUAUUGGCGGCUACGAACCGUUGGGUGAGCCAAAAAGCAUUUCAAUUUACUUUAUCCGUGUUUCUAAUGCAAAUAGAUACCAUGGUACAUUCUGGACUGCAGAGCGGCCUCCGCGCCACCUUCUACGGCCAGUUGCGCGUCACUAAGCCUCUGGCCAAUAUUGCUUACCGUACGGCACCUUGCGCGAGGGCAUUUCAUAGCUCGUCAGGCUAUUAUCGAGAAAUCAGCAAUCAAAACCAGGUGAAAGCGGCCGGCAGACCUGGAUCCUCAGCAUCGACGAAAGACUUUGCUUUCGCUUUUGACAUUGACGGAGUUUUAUAUAAAGGGCACGAGAAGAUCUCUGGAGCCAGGGAAACGCUUCUCAAGAUACAUAACCAGGGUCUUCGCUAUGUCUUUUUGACCAAUGGAGGUGGGACAAAUGAAGACGCAAAGGCUGCUUCACUGGCCAAGCGACUACAGCUUACAGGCCACGAAGAUGUGCUCCGUGAUAGGGUCAUUCUUUCUCAUACACCAAUGCGUGGUUGGGAUACCUCAAUCAAGAAGGAUCAAACUGUCCUCAUCACUGGCUCGCACCCAGAAACAUCCAGACAAGUUGCGAUGGAAUAUGGGUUUGAGCGCGCAAUCACUCCUGCGGACCUUAUCCACGCAAACCAUGCUGUGUAUCCUUUUGCACACCUCAAAAAUAGCCUGCACGCUCCACACAGGCCACUACCAGAUGGCAAACGCGCCGCGCCGGUAACGGAUGCCUACAGCCGCGAGAUUGCGUCAGACGCUCUGAAGAUUGACAAAAUUCUAGUGUGGAACGAUCCAAGAGACUGGUCAUUGGAUAUCCAGGUAAUCUACGACCUGUUGGUAUCUCACCAAGGUUACCUAGGCACACUGUCAAGUAAGAACGGAAAUUCAGCUUUGCCAAACAACGGGUGGCAGCAGGAUGGACAACCUGACCUUUGGAUCUCCAAUCUUGACUUGUUUUGGAAGACAGAGUAUCCAAUCAAUCGAUUUGGUACCGGUGCAUUUCUCGAUGCACUGAAGGGUGUGUGGUCUGCGGCGACCGACGGUGCGCAACUGCAGUACAAUGCGCUCGGCAAGCCAAACAAGAACACCUACGAAUAUGCUCAUGAUCGCCUGACCUAUUUUGAUGCAAGCUCUGUGCAAGGGGGAAAGCAGCCAUUGAAGCGAGUCUACAUGAUAGGCGAUAACCCGGAGAGCGACAUCCGCGGUGCCAAUGAAUUCUCACCCGCAGACGGCACAGAAUGGAUAUCCAUUUUAGUGAGGACAGGAGUAUGGCAGCCUACUGAUGGAGAACCCGAGCCCCGAUAUAAACCUAGAGUUAUCGUCAAUGACGUCGUGGAUGCGAUUGUGUGGGCGAUGCGAAACGAAGGCGCCGAUGUCUCGAGAGAGUGGCUCUUAUCAGGUCCUAAGUAGGGUGACCAUGGUCGUAGAGAAGUGUUUAUACACCGAAGAAGUAAAUAGUGGUAGAAGCUAGAUCUGAUACACAGCAUACAGUGACGGAUAGUAAAGUUAUAUGGCAGAUGUCUGCCAAAAUCGCCCAAGCCCAUCUGGGUAAAGCCAACGGAAAGUCGGCCAACUUUUUGGUUCUCGUGACCACCGCCCCCAAGCACAAGUGUUCGCCCAAUGGUCCAGGCCCUGCGAACCUGCUUAGGCGCUAGUAGCCGCUGCAAGGACCACGC